AUGAAUGCACCAGCAACUUUUGAAUCAUUUUUAUUAUUAGAUGGUGAAAAGAAAAUAGUUGUUGAAAAAGAUACAAAAGUACCGAAUGCGGUUGUAUUUACAAUUAGUAAAGAAGAUCAUACAUUAGCAAAUAUGCUUCGUGCACAAUUAUUAAAAGAUCCUGAAGUUAUAUUUGCUGGUUAUAGAAUUCCACAUCCACUUGAACAUAAAGUUAUUUUACGUGUACAAACAGCUGGACAUGAAUAUUCACCAAUAAAUGCUAUGGAAAAUGCAAUAAAAGAUUUAAUUUUUGAAAUGGACAUGUUAGAAGAUAGAGUUAAACAAGCGAUUGCUAAUCGACAAAAUGCUGAAUGA